ACUGCGACCCCUCCGCGCGUGACCGACCGCGGCCGAGGCGGAGGCAGCGCCGGGGCGGGCGGGUCCCCUGCUCUCGGCCAGGGGAGCCUCUAAGCGGCCCCAGGCAAGGAGACCCCGGAAGAAGGUCAAGAAAUUGCCCUGGGGGGAAAGCGAAGCGCUAUCCGCAACCCACCCCUCCCUCGUCACGUGGUCACGCUGGGCGGAAAGAGGGAACCCAAGGCCAGGAAGGCCAGGAAGGAGCAAAGAUGCUGCCCGAGCCUGGGAUCUAUUACUUCCCCUGGGAGGUCAGUGCCGGCCAAGUUCCUGACGGGGACACGCUGAGGACGUUCGGCAGGUUGUACAGCUACGACAUGACGAAGUCCCGAGUGACCCUGAUGGCUCAGCACAGAUCUGACCAGCACCCGAUCCUCGUCUGUACCAAGUUGGUGGAACCGUUCCAAGCCCAGGUGGGCUCCCUCUACAUGGUCCUUGGGGAGCUGGAGCACCAGAAGGAUGGAGGCUGCGUGGUGAAGGCCCGGGUGCUGACUUGUGUGGAAGGAAUGAAUCUCCCCUUGUUAGAACAAGCCAUCCGGAAGCAGAGGCUGUACCAGCGAGAGAGGGACAGCAGCCAGUAGAGAGCAAAACGGCAGCUCCUGGCAAACCCCCCCCGCCCCCCGCCCCCCCCCCCCUCCCGCGCUCGACCUGCUGCCGAGAAGAUGCAGGAGCUUCCUGGAGAGAAGACGGGAGGGGUUGUUCAUCGGGAUUGCCCCAGAAAUGGGAGCCUAGAGAUCAGAGGCGGGUCUCUGGGGCCCUGGGAGCUGGGCCCCGUGUGGGUCCUGGAGGGUUGCAGAAGGUCCUCGUGAAUAAAGCCAUGUGGUGUGACGGA